UCCUAUAUGUAAUUUAUUACAAAAGAACAUGCAAUGGUAUUAGUGUAUUUACAUAAAUUUCUUAAAAAUUUAAUAGGUUGUUUCUGAAAUCGACAGGGUAAAAGAAACGAAUUGCCACUGAUCGUAAGACGUCAGGGAUGUACGUGUAUUCACGAUUACGGGUUUGCAUUGGAUCGGUAAAGAUCAGGUGGGAUCGGGUUUUUGUAUUUUCCAAAUCUCGAACUAUGUUUUCAAAAGUCUUGAAACUUCGAGCAUUCGUAUGGAAGAAAAUAUUUCUUUGAUUUCUACCCAAUCCUGCCUGAAUUUUUCCAAAUUCGAACCGAAGCCCGGGUACUAGACAUAUCGGGUUACCCGCAUAUCCCUAUAAGACGAAAUGUUCACUACUGCAUUAAGAUAUUUACUCAGUAUUAACAAAAGCUCAGAAACGAAACGAAUGAACUGCUUUUUAUUUGAUUUUACUUCUUUAAUCCUCUUUCGGAUUUUGAAAUUUAGGUGAUGUCCUAUGGUCAUUAUUUUACCAAAUCGGUAGAUGUAAAAAGGUGCUUUGCGACGUUUAAAAAUUUGAUGAGGUAGUAGAGAAUUGCCUAUAUAUAUGCUUAAAUAAUUGAAGCAUACAUAGUUUAAAAAUUUAAAAAGUUGUUGCAACCUCCAAAAUUCGAAGAAGGGUUAAAGAACAGAUAUUUCGUUCAAUCGCGCUAUGUAUUAGUUAUACACUCUUCAUUUAUUAUUUACUGAUAUUAGAUAACCAAAUACGUCACUUUAUGACCUAUCAUGAGAUCUAGUUUCUUACAAAGGUGCUCUUUUGCUGAGAUUGCUUCACAUUUCCACUUACUGCCUAAAUAGCAUAGAAUGAACAUGUAGGAAUCAAAGUAGAUCUUUGUACCUUUUAAAGAAUGUGAUAUACUGUAUAGAUAUUAAUCUUAAGUAAUUUAUUUACAUUUUAUACUGUGCAUAAAGUACUUAAUGUUAUGAUUUACUAUACAGAACAAUUGCACUUUAAAGAAACAGUUCUUUGUGAGUAAAUGAAUGACAAAUUUCAUGAGAGAAAAUGGAGUGCAAUUUAAUAUUUUUAACAUCAUUAUAGAUAUAAUUUCUUAAGAUUUAUAGGAAUGUAAUGUAAAACAUUACAGACAGUUAUUUCAAUGACUUACUGCAUUGAUAUUUUAAAUAAACAAUGUUUUUGUUUAAAAUUUAAUAAUGCUUAUGAGCGUUUAUCAUACAGUACAAAGUUUGUUUUUAAGCAUUCUAGAAAUAAUACAUCACAAAAAGACUGUUUAUUUCUUAUAUAAUUUAAUUUAUACCCAAAUCAUUUAGGCAGCAAUAAGAUAUAUGUACAUGUUAAUAUAGUCUUUAGAAUCAUUGUAAUACUUUUCAGUGUGGUAAUAAAAAAGUUAUAUAAAAGUCCACUGGUGUCAAAGUCUUCUUUCAAUCUGGCAUGAAUUACUUAUUUCAUUUGUAUAUACGUAGUUAACCUUCAAUCAGUAUUGUAUUAAAAUAUUAGGUUAUUUAUUUCCAUUAAACGUAUUUUGUACUAGGCAAGAUAGAGUUUUUGUUCCACAAAUGACAAUUAAGUUAAUAUAAAAUGGUAUACAUUAACUUUCAUCGCAUGUCAACUGCAUCCAGAGUCUUAAUGAAUUCAAAAAUAUUUUGUUCUAACCUUCAAUUGUUUACACGCAAUAUAUCAGAUGAUACUGUUGUUACAAUUGGCAACGUUUCAAAACGAGUGAAAGUGCCAAACAAUCCUGAAUAUGUGCCUAGAAAAUACUUACUACAAAUACAAGCAGAAGACACAAUUACACUGAAACAUUUAAAAUGGAUGCUACAAAAGGAUGUUCUAUCCCAAGAUAUAUUUUUAAUUGGAGGACCAGGCAUUAGACGCAGACAAUUAGCUCUUGCUUUUCUUGAACUCACAGACCGUGAAUUAGAAUACAUUGCCCUUUCAAGAGACACAACUGAAGCAGAUUUAAAACAGCGAAGAGAAAUUAAAAGUGGUACUGCUUAUUAUCAUGAUCAAAGUGCCGUUAGAGCAGCAACAAAUGGAAGAGUCCUCAUUAUCGAAGGUAUUGAGAAGGCUGAACGAAAUGUGUUGCCUGUUUUAAAUAACUUGCUAGAAAAUCGUGAAAUGCAUUUAGAAGAUGGAAGGUUCUUGAUUCCUGCAGCGCGCUAUGAUAAAUUGCUAGAGACACAUAGUCAACAAGAAUUAGAUGCCUGGAGACUUGUCAGAGUUAGCGAAGAUUUUAGAGUUAUUGCUCUGGGUUUACCAUCACCAAGGUAUCCUGGCCAUCCACUUGACCCACCUUUUAGAUCUAGAUUUCAGGCCAGGUAUAUUUCACCUCCAAGCUUUGAAGAACAAUUGAAAACGUUGACGAAUCUAGUAACACACACGGACACCGCGAAAUUGAAGCAAUUAUUAUCAUGCGCGCACGCUUUCGUUACACAAGAGGCUAUAUCCUUAGGUCUUCCAGAUUUUCCCCUGGAUAAUCUUUCCUCGGCGGCCAUUAUCAUGGAUCAAUGCCCAUAUCUGCCGGUGUAUGACAUAUUUUACAGAUGUUAUCCUUAUAAAUUAUUUUUGGGGAAAGAGGGUCGAAGCGCCGUCGAAAACAUAUUGGAAACUUUUCGCAUUCCGGAUGAAACGUCGAAAGUUUCGAAAGAAAUAAGUGUGCAAAGUAAAAAUGAAGAUAAGAAUUCGAUUAAGGUCGGGGUGAAGUAUGCUAAGAACGAAACGGUGUUGAAUGUUUCUUGCGGUACUAAACGGACGAACGAAAAUGAUGGGAGGAUUAAAUAUAUAGAGACGAAUUAUCAGAAUAAUUUAUUGGCGAGCAUGCUGGAGUCGCAUAUAGUAUCUGACCUUUGUUUAAUUGGUCCAAAGGGCUGUGGAAAAUCGAUUACUGUACAGACGUUAGCCAAUUUAAUGGGAUAUCAGGUGGAACCUGUGGUAUUAUAUCAGGACAUGACUUCCAGAGACUUAAUCCAACAACGAACCACCUUAUCCACCGGUGACACCGUAUGGAAGAACUCACCCCUAGUCGACGCAGCAUUGCAAGGAAAAUUGGCAGUCCUAGACGGAAUUAACAGAAUAGAUCCCAGUACUCUGGCUAUAUUGCAUAGAUUGGUUCACGAUCGCGAGUUACAAUUACACGAUGGAAAGAGACUCAUCAGGGCAGAUCGUUACGACGAGAUAAAAGAGAAGUACAACAAAUCAGACGAGGAAUUACAAGAGUCUGGAGUAUUACGUAUUCACCCUUCCUUCAGGAUUAUAGCUUUAGCGGAAUCGCCGGCGAUUAAUACCUCUUCGAGGCAAUGGUUGAACUCUGAACUACUCAGUUUGUUCCUUUUCCAUGAAAUGAGACCGCUCACUAAAUCUGAGGAACUUCAUAUCAUUCGAUCGAAGUAUGGAGAACCUUCAAAAGCCUUACUAAACAUCUUAGAGCUGGCUCACCUACUACGAUCUUCCACCGACUCAACUUUGCACUCUCUCUCAGGAUUUUUGAGUACAAGACAGCUUCUAAGGAUAGCAGGAAGAAUGCAUAAAUUCCAAACCGACGAUGCUUACGGCGCAGUGCAACGUGCUUGCCUGGCUCGCUUCCUGCCAUCAGUAGCGAAACAAGCACUCGACGAUUCUUGCAAACGCGUGGGUAUCGUCCCAACGAGAACUGUAUCUAGCGAGGAUGUCAAAUGUAUAAUCACAGGGGACGCCGUUAAAAUUGGUAACACGAUCGUGGAAAGAUACAAAACGACAGCUUUAACCAAAGUACCUGACGUAUUGUUCUACGACGUGCCUCAGCAUGUGGCACUUUUGGAGAACUUGUUGCAAGACUUUAGCUUAGGACAGCAUUUGUUACUAGUUGGUAACCAAGGUGUAGGGAAGAACAAAAUUGUUGAUCGAUUGUUGCAAUUGUUGAACAGACCACGAGAAUAUAUACAGCUACAUAGAGACACGACUGUUCAAACUUUGACGCUGCAGCCGAUGGUUAGAGAUGGAAAAGUAGUUUAUGAAGACUCGCCACUUGUGCAGGCUGUUAAACUGGGACAUGUUCUGGUUGUCGAUGAAGCCGAUAAAGCGCCUACUCAUGUUACUUGCAUUUUGAAAACAUUGGUUGAAUCGGAUGAAAUGAUACUGUCAGAUGGAAGACGCAUAGUACCUUUUGCUAGUUCUGAUACCCAGGAUUCGAACACAAUAGUACUUCAUCCUGAUUUUAGGAUGAUGGUACUGGCAAACAGACCAGGCUUCCCAUUUUUGGGACACGAUUUCUUUGGAGCACUGGGUGAUCUCUUUAGCACACAUGCUGUUGAUAAUCCAACCGUUGAAAAUGAAAUACAGCUUUUGAAACAGUACGGUCCUAACGUAGAUAGGGAAAUAAUAUUGAAACUGGUUAAAGCGUUUGGGGAAUUGAGGAAUAUGGCUGAUCAAGGUCUAGUUUCCUAUCCGUACUCUACUCGAGAAGUUGUUAAUGUAGUGAAACAUUUAGAGAAAUUUCCUCAGGAAUCGUUAGCCAACGUGGUGCGAAACGUAUUCGAUUUUGAUCGAUACAGCGAAGAAACGUUUAGCACACUAGUGUCUGUUUUACAUAAACAUGGAAUUCCCAUUGGAACCAGCCCCACUAACAUUGCCUUAGCAAAAGAAAUACCUUUACCAUCGAACAAGGUUUGCUCCGCUUGGAAUGUAUCGAAUCAGCAACAAGUGUUAAGUGUCCAAGAGAAAUAUAUUAGGCUGAAAUCACCGAUAACUUUGAGACAAAAGACUUUGCCUUUAGAUCGCGUCGAAGCUCGUUCGGCAUUAUUCACCGAAUUACAAAGUUAUUGGACUGUACCGCUUAGUAACGCUGGCGUAGUUGCGGCUUUAACAACCGUUAAAGGUACGAGGGGCGAUGGCAAGGAUGAUAAAAUUAAUAUUCUCACGGAGUACCCUUUAAAGAUCUUCACCAUGAGCCUAGAAUCAGAUACGAUGCAGGAAACUUUCUUACCGAGUUUAAUAACCUAUGAAAGAAACAGCAGACCUUUGUACACAAUGGCAAGCGAUAAUGAUCACAACAUUUUAGUACACGAGGGCAAUACCAACGCUCUGUUACUGGUGAACACGAAUGAUGGAUCUGCCCGAAAAAUAGAGUUACUCUCCUUCCUCGACAUGGCUUCGGAUAAGUUAGCGAGCGCUUUUCGAACCAACAAUUUCCAGUGGAAGAUGAAGACCGAUUUAAUAGCCUCUCAUAAUCAAAUUGUAUUUUACACGCGUAAUUCUAGCAGGAUAGAAGUGAUCAAUUUACAUUCCAUGUCUUCUUACACGAUCAAUCUACCAUUCGACAUCGAAUCCAUUCUACUUCCAUCCGAGAAAAAGUGGCUGAUCCAAGACUUCCACAGGAACAAAUACACUCUCAAAAAAUCUUCCGAUUCCGCUCCAUGCCCGAAUAUUUUACAAGAACUCCAAGAAACUGGCAAAGAUACUGUUAAAGUUGGUUCAUUCUUGAGUUGCGGUAACAAUAAUCUGAGUACCAACGUCCUUAGCGCAGCGUUGGAACAAAAGAUAGAUUCUCCAAACAGAUUGUUAGUGGCUGAUAAUACUUAUGCAGUUAUUGCUGUCGGAUUUCCUGAUUUGGACAGCUGCAACGAACUUCACUUUUGGCCUAGACCACACAGUACAAGUUCUACUCCUCCUAUUGUUAUGGAGAACGGACAGAUUAUUAGAGCAGUGAGAAACGAGGAAGUUCCUGACGACGUUCUUCCUAAAACUGGGCCACAUUUGGGAAUUGCUGGCUAUUUAGAAGUUGUUGAUACUGUUAACCACAAGUUGCGCUAUUUUCCUGUGCCGGAACCAGUAAAUGUACCUCACGUGACACAAUUGUUAUACGGAAGCAGUUACCCCUUGCAUGUCUCGUCUAAAUCCAAUCAGGAUCUCGUAACGGUAGAUGCAGGUGGAUGCGUUCGUGUAUGGGAGUCAUCUUUAGCGAACAUAGAAAAAUCACUGGGCGCUUGGAGAAGAAUGGUAGGAGACGAUAACGAGAAGUUACAAAUUACGAAGGAUAGAUAUUCGGGAUUGGACGUCAGCGGCCCUAAGCAUGGUAAAAUCGAUGAACAAAAUGCGCCGCACGUUGGAGGCAACACUUGGGCUGGAGGAACUGGAGGAAGGGACACGGCAGGUCUCGGCGGAAAAGGUGGUCCUUAUCGUUUGGAUGCUGGCCAUACGGUGCAUCAACUCAGCGAUGAAGAAAAGAACGCAAUUCCGGAACACGUGAAAAAGGCAGCUAGGGAAAUGGGUCUCAGAGCGUUCAAGCAACGCCUGAGAGACAUUAAUAUGAGCGAAUAUGAUCAUAAUCUUUACUCGCAAUUUAGUAAUGCUGUUCAGGGACAGGUUCGAGCUUUGAGGACUAUAAUAGAUAGUUUACAAGCUAAAAGCAAGGAGCGUCAAUGGUGCAGGCACCAGACCUCAGGUGAAUUAGACGAUACGAAACUAAUCGAGGGUUUAACGGGAGAAAGAACGAUUUACCGAAGAAGAGCCGAGAAAGAACCAGAACCUGGUACACCACUAACCAAACCGAAACGUUUGAAACUGGUGGUGGAUGUAUCGGGUAGCAUGUAUAGGUUUAACGGAUACGAUGGACGCUUGGAUCGAGAAAUGGAGGCUUGUGUUAUGGUAAUGGAAGCGUUUAGCGGAUAUGAAGGGAAGUUUCAGUAUGAUAUCGUUGGUCAUUCCGGCGAUGACUAUGAUAUCGUUUUCGUUAAGCACACUCAACCUCCGGCGGAUAAUAAGCGUAGAUUAGAAGUGAUAAAGACGAUGCACGCACAUUCGCAGUUUUGCAUGUCUGGUGACAAUACUUUGGAGGCAACGCAACAUGCAAUCGCGAGUUUGGCAAAGGAAGAUUCUGACGAGUCUAUCGUUGUUGUACUUUCUGAUGCGAAUUUUGAUCGUUACGGUAUAUCGCCCGAAUAUUUUGCAAGAAUUCUUACGUCGAAUCCGAAUGUAAAUGCUUUUGCUAUAUUUAUUGGUUCCUUGGGAAAUCAGGCAGUUAGCUUAAUGAAGAGAAUGCCUUCUGGACGAGCAUUCAUUUGUAUGGACCUCAAGGAUAUACCUCGAAUAUUGCAACAAAUAUUUGCUGCUUCUCUAUUGAGUACUACGCAAUCCAGUUGAUCCAUGCAUUAUCAAUAAUUUUAUACAAUUUUAUAAAUAUUUGUAAUUAGCAAAGGAAUGUAUUGUAAUAUACACAUUUGUACGUAUUUAUUAGAAAUCUAUGUAUGCUAUAUUAUUUAAUUCUUAUAAAUACUGUCAUUAUAAACAUAAAA